AACUUCGGUGUUGGAAUGAAUUCUUUGUCGCUCUUUUCAUCAGCAGCACGCAGGCCAAGACCUUACCAGGGUGUGCGAGUCAAAGAUCCAGUCAAAGAGCUGCUGAGAAGGAAAAGAAUGAAAACUGUGGAAAUGAUUACCCACAACACCCAGUCAUCACACACACCAGUGGCCAGCCAUGACUGGCGGUCAUGUGACGCACACCUCAAAGGUGCACAGUGGACCUUGUCUCUACCUGCCAGCAUGACCACAUCCGAGCCUGCCGGACCAGUCUUCUCCACACCAGCCUGCUCCACACCAGCCUGCUCCACACCAGCCUGCUCCACACCAGCCUGCUCCACACCAGCCUGCUCCACACCAGUCUUCUCCACACCAGCCUGCUCCACAUCAGCCUUCUCCACACCAGUCUUCUCCACACCAGCCUGCUCAACACCAGUCUUCUCCACACCAGCCUGCUCCACACCAGUCUUCUCCACACCAGCCUGCUCCACACCAGUCUUCUCCACACCAGUCUUCUCCACACCAGUCUUCUCCACACCAGCCUUUUCCACACCAGCUUUCUCCACACCUGCCUACUCCACACCUGCUUUGACCACACUAGCCUGCUCGACACCUGCUUUGUCGACACUAACCUGCUCCACACCUGUUUUCUCCACACCAGCCUGCUCCACACCUGUCUUCUCCACACCUGCUUUGUCCACACCAGCCUGCUCCACACCUGUCUUCUCCACACCUGCUUUGUCCACACCAGCCUGCUCCACACCUGAUGACCAGCAGCAGUCCACUCAGCAUCACAUGACCUCAGCUGUUGCCAUGCCAACUGUGUGCCCCACCUGCACAAUCAUGACGCCACUGCUAGCUAAUUUUGGGACCUUACCUGCAUGCUCCCUUCCUCACCUGGAUCUCCCAGAACCAGGACUGGCUUACAUUCCGUGGUCUCAAGCCCUCACGCCGAGCUCAGGGGUCCAGAUAGUCCCAAGACCUGCGAGUCAAUCAGGGUCUUCGAUGGUCCACAUGCCUUUGUCCGUGUCUCUGUCCACUUGGGUCCCUCAACAAGACGUCCAAGGUCUAUAUCAUGAGUCCCGGAACCUGGAUACUCUGCAAUAUCCAGACCAAGUGGACCUCAAGACCCACAAUGAGGCGCUGGAUGAAUACCGAGGAGCAGAUUUGGAAGCUCCAAACCUUCUCGAUACAAUUCUGGAGGAUCAGAGAAGAGAUGAUCAAUUGAAGGCCAAGAAGUCAUACAGUACUUCAAUCUUUGUAACAAAUACUUGUGAUUUUCAGACCAAAUACUAUACAAUAUUUGGACCAACUACUUUGUAAUCUUCAGACCAAAUACUUUGUAGUCUUCAGACCAAAUACUUUGUAAUCUUUAGCCCAAAUACGUUAUCAUCUUCAGGCCAAAUACUAUACAAUCUUUCGACCAAAUCAUUUGUAAUCUUCAGACCAAACACUUUGUAAUCUUUAGACCAAAUACUUUGCAAUCUUAAAAUCAAAUACUUUGUAAUCUUUUGACCUAAUACUUUGUAAUCUUCAGACCAAAUCAUUUUUUAUUUUUGGCCCAAAUAAAUUGUAAUCCUCAAAAGAAAUACUUUAUCAUCUUAAAACCAAAUACUUUCUAAUCUUCAGCCCAAACAAAUUGUAAUCCUCAGAACAAAUGCUUUGCAAUCUUUGGACCAAACACUUUGUACUCUUCAGACCAAAUACUUUGUAAUAUUGACAACAAAUACUUUUUUAAUCUUCAGACCAAAUACUUUGUAAUCUUCAGAAAAAAUACUUUGAAAUCUUAAGACCAAAUACUUUGAAAUCUUCAGAAAAAAUACUUUGAAAUCUUAAGACCAAAUACUUUGUAAUCUUCAGACCAAAUACUUGGAAAUCUUCACCAAAUACUUUGUAAUCUUUAGACCAAAUACUUUGUAAUCUUUUGACCAAAUACUUUGUAAAUUUCAGACCAAACUAUUUAGAUUUUUUGGCCCAAACACUUUGUAGUAUUUGAGAAAAAUACUUGACAAUCUUUGUUUUUAAGAGAUUGCUUAUCUAACGAUCACAAAGCUGUUCAAUCUGCAAAACCCCAAUACAUGUCCAGCCUGGUGCCUGAUUAUAGUCCCAGACCACAGGUUCUCUUGAAUCUUUUCCUUAGGAUUAUUGAUUGAAUCCACUGGAGUCUCUUUAUGUGAUCAGUGUUCCUCCUUUUUAUUGACACUUGUCGAUCUGGAACUACUUUUUAUUUGGAGCCAAAUCCGUCUGGUGAUUCUGUGCUCAGCUGUUCUUCAAGAUUUUAGACCUUUAUUGCCGUCUGAGUUACAUGUAUUUGUAAAUGAUGGUGGAAAAGAAGUAUUUGGUGACUUCAAACAAGGAAGAUCUCUGGCUCUCACAGACCUGUAACUUCUUCUUUAAGAAGCUCUUCUGUCCUCCACUCGUUACCUGUAUUAAUAGCACCUGUUUGAACUCGUUAUCUGUAUAAAAGACACCUGUCCACAGCCUCAAA